UCCUAGAGAGACGUGGGUGCCUAACACACUCAAUCCUUGUUUCUCCUAGAGUGUCUAGAUUAUUUGAUUAAUACGAAGCUCUAAUUCUGUGUGGACAUCCUUCACGGCAAGGUUCAAUAACAGUCGAGUUAAGGGCACUAAACAAGCAGUUAAAUCAAGGGACUCUAGUACAUAGAUUAGUACCUGCUAUCCCAGGAACCUAGAAGGCAGGGGUACGAAUAAACUUACUAGAACGAUGACAUCUUGGACGCUCAACGCCCAGAAACUCAGCGGAAGUGACUCCUCUGUGAUGGUUGUGAGUGCCGGAGAUCAGAUCACAUACUCGUGGCACAACGUCAACGUCUACUCCACCCCGGAUGCUGGUACCAGCUCUGGCAUCUUCAGGAGGAGGCAGCAGGAGACGGCUAGAGAGAAACACAUCCUGAAAGAUGUGACGGGAAUCUGUCGCCCUGGAGAGCUGCUGGCUAUCAUGGGAGCUUCUGGAGCUGGUAAAACGACUCUUCUGAACGUUCUGACUCACCGCAACAACGACAAGCUUAGAAUAACAGGAGAUCUGUUUGUCAAUGGUCGUUCCGUGGACCCCGACGCCCUCACCAGCCGUUCAGCUUACGUUCAACAGGAUGAUCUGUUCAUCGGAAUGUUAACUGUUAGAGAACAGUUGAUAUUCCAGGCAAUGUUGAGGAUGGACCGUCAUUUGACCUAUGACCAGAGGAUGACCCGUGUAGAUGAAGUUAUCAUUGAGCUUGGACUAACAAAGUGUGCUGAGACCAAGAUCGGCGUCCCAGGUCGAAUUAAGGGUAUCUCUGGUGGGGAGAUGAAGAGGCUGGCCUUUGCUUGUGAGGUGUUGACCAACCCGCCGUUGAUGUUCUGUGAUGAGCCAACGUCUGGUCUAGACUCCUUCAUGGCUCAGAAUGUUGUAGCAGUGAUGAAGAAUAUGACUGAGAGAGGCAAGACCAUCAUCUCUACCAUACAUCAACCCAGCUCUGAAGUUUAUGCUAUGUUUGACCGUGUCCUGCUCAUGGCUGAGGGUCGAGUCGCCUUUCUAGGGGAGGUCGACGCUGCCUAUCAGUUUUUUAGCAGAUAUACAGAAGCAAUUUCCAUGCGCAGUAUCAAUACUAAAGCAAUUCUUAAAGCUUUAACUAAGUUUAUUUCUUGCUUUGGCAUUUCUAAAUCUAUUCAAAGUGAUCAAGAAUGUCAAAAUGCUUUUACGAAAGCAGAAAGAAUCCUUUGUACUGCACCCAUUCUCCUGUCUCCUGAUUUCUCCAAACCUUUCAAGUUACAGAUUGAUGCUUGUGAGUCUAGGGUGAGGGCAGUACUUCUCCAAUCUGGGGACGAUGGGUUGCAGCCGGUGGCUUAUUUCUCCGCCAAGUAUCAGCCACAUCAGAGGACCUACUCCACAAUUGAAAAAGAAGCCCUCGCUCUGAUACUGGCCUUGGAGAAUUUUGAAGUAUAUGUGCGCCAGACCUCUCAGAAUAAUUCAGCCAUUUUUCAGCAUGUCAGCAUCAACAAUCACAAUAUUCACUGGGAAGCUGCCACCAUCAAACACAAAUCACACUGCAAGUACAAAUGCAAAAUCAUAGAAUCUGUCGUCAUUGCUACCACUUUCAAUUUCAUCAUCUCACAGAGACAGUAG